CGAUAACAAAUACACUUAUGAACCCAUUUAUGAUGAACCUGUUUAUGAUGAACCUGUUUAUGAUGAACCCAUUGAUGAUGAACCCGUUGAUGAUGAACCCGAUGAAAUCUCAGAAAAUGAUAUACCUCAAGAAUCAACUAUGA